CCGCUGGCGCCGACCCAUCCGUGAUCUCGAAACAGAGACUGCCCCUUUUCAUGCUUCGCAAGUGCCGAUCGGUUCGUGCCGAUCUGAAUCGACUCCUUUGGCGACGCGAUCGCGCUCGACAACUCCAAGCCAAAUGCAUACACGCUCGCACCAGUGAGGACGACGGCCACCGGACUUCCAAGAAGGGCGCUCGAGAAGCUCGAGGACCCGAGUUUCAGCUUCACAAGAGCAAGGGCCAACACAUCCUCACCAACCCGCGAGUUCUUGAUUCUAUCGUCCGGAGGGCCGACCUGAAGCCUGGCGACACUGUCUUGGAGAUCGGACCCGGGACAGGGAAUCUCACGCUGAAGCUCCUGGAAGCCUCCCGCAAGGUCGUGGCGGUGGAGAUCGACGGCAGGAUGGUGGAUGUCCUCCGGAAGCGCGUGGCUGACUGCGGGUUUGAAGACCGGCUCACCGUGAUACAGAAAGAUGCACUGAAGACACAGCUUCCACCAUUUGAUAUAGUAGUUGCCAAUAUUCCGUAUCAGAUAUCAUCACCACUUGUAAUUAAAUUGGUGUAUGGGAAAAUCCGGUUUAGAAGCGCGACUCUUCUCCUGCAGAAAGAGUUUGCGAGGAGGUUAUUAGCAAAUCCUGGCGACUCGGAGUAUAACAGAUUGGCUGUGAAUGUGAAGCUGGUCGCUGAUGUGGAGUUUGCAAUGGACGUAAGCAAGAGAGACUUUCUUCCUGUUCCUAAAGUCGACUCGUCAGUGGUCAUAAUCCGUCCAAAAACAGAACUUCCUACCGUAAAUCUUGCUGAGUGGUGGGCUUUCACAAGGACUUGCUUCGGCAAGAAGAAUAAAACUUUAGGUGCCACAUUUAAGCAGAAGAGGAAGGUAAUGGAGAUCUUAGAGACUUCCACAUUGGCUGCUUUGAGAAAACAUGUUACCAUCAAUGACAACGAUGGGAUUAGCGGCGUUUCUAUGGAAGGUAGUGAUAUGGACGAGGGGGGGAAAAGUGAAGAGGAGUCUCUAUCAUCGUCUGUCCCUGAAGGGGAGAUGAAUUCGUUCAAGGAGAAGAUUGUCGGGGUUUUGAGAGCCGAGGGGUUUGAAGAUAAGAGGCCUUCAAAGUUGUCCAAUGAUGAGCUGUUACAUUUGCUGGCAGUACUUAACCAUGCUGGAGUUUACUUUCAUAAUCAGACCAACUCACGACGGGAUGCCUUACUAGCUGAUAUAUAGCAGGACACGACCCCAUCAGUGUAUCGGUGUCGAUGUGGAAGUAUGAGAGCUUUAAAAGUUGCAAAUUUUUUCAAGACUCUCUCUUUGGUACCUCGUAGAAGAACCGAACGUGUUUCUUUCAAAAUUGAUGCAACAUCGGCUGUUUAG